UGUCUCCCGCUCCGCCUCGAGCUCCAGCUCCGGUUUUUCCCUCCGCCACCCUCUCCCCCUCCCCGCCUCUCCUUUAACUCCCCCUCCCGGGCUCGGGACUGGUUUCCUCCCUUAGCCCGCUGCCCUCAAUCCCGGCGAGGCUGGGGCUCCGACUUGGCGUCCCUUUCCUUGCUCCCUUGUCCAGCGCUCCAUGCCAUCCCCGCCGGGUCCCCGACUCCCCCAGGCCCGCUCACCAAUCCCGGGGUGCUCGAGCCAGGGCCGAGGCGUAAGGCGCCUGCAGACCGUCCCUGGAAGGGCUCUUGCGGACUGAGCGCCCCAGAGCUGGGCGCGGGCAGAGCAAGAAGCGGGUCCGCGUGGGAGCGGGGGGCAUCAGCCACCCGGGAGGUCAGGGCAGAAUAGCUGGGGCAGCUAAGGCAGUCACCCCAGGGGGUGAGCGACUUUGGGGGAGUUGGUGCCCCGCCCCCCAGGCCUUGGCGGGGUCAUGGGGGCCCCCCAUUCUAGGCCGGGGGGCGUGCGAGUCGGGGCCCUGCUGCUGCUCGGUUUUUGGGGGCUGGUGUCUGGGCUCAGCCUGGAGCCUGUCUACUGGAAUUCGGCGAAUAAGAGGUUCCAGGCAGAGGGUGGUUAUGUGCUCUAUCCUCAGAUUGGGGACCGGCUAGACCUGCUCUGCCCCCGGGCCCGGCCUCCUGGCCCCCACUCCUCUCCUAAUUAUGAGUUCUACAAGCUGUAUCUGGUGGGGGGUGCCCAGGGCCGACGCUGUGAGGCACCCCCUGCCCCAAACCUCCUUCUCACUUGUGACCGGCCAGACCUGGAUCUCCGCUUCACCAUCAAGUUCCAGGAGUAUAGCCCUAACCUCUGGGGCCAUGAGUUCCGCUCACACCACGAUUACUACAUAAUUGCCACAUCGGAUGGGACCCGGGAAGGCCUGGAGAGCUUACAGGGGGGUGUGUGCCUUACCAGAGGCAUGAAGGUGCUUCUCCGAGUGGGACAAAGUCCCCGGGGAGGGGCUGCCCCACGAAAGCCUGUGUCUGAAACGCCCAUGGAAAGAGACCGAGGGGCAGCCCACAACCUGGAGCCUGGGAAGGAGAACAUGCCAGGUGACCCCACCAGCAAUGCAACCUCCCGGGGUGCUGAAGGCCCCCUGCCCCCUCCCAGCAUGCCCGCAGUGGCUGGGGCAGCAGGGGGGCUGGCGCUGCUCUUGCUGGGCGUGGCAGGGGCUGGGGGUGCCAUGUGUUGGCGGAGACGGCGGGCCAAGCCUUCGGAGAGUCGCCACCCUGGUCCUGGCUCCUUUGGGAGGGGGGGGUCUCUGGGCCUGGGGGGUGGAGGUGGGAUGGGACCUAGGGAGACUGAGCCUGGGGAACUAGGGAUAGCUCUGCGGGGUAGUGGGGCUUCAGAUCCCCCCUUCUGUCCUCACUAUGAGAAGGUGAGUGGUGACUAUGGGCAUCCUGUGUACAUCGUGCAGGAUGGGCCCCCCCAGAGCCCUCCAAACAUCUACUACAAGGUAUGAGGGCUCCUCUCGCCUGGCUGUCCUGGAUCCAGCCCUUCUUGGGGUGUUUCUCCAGUGUAAUUUAUGGUUGGAGGGAUACCUCUAGCAUCUCCUUGGCCCCCUUUCCCCCACCAGCUCCUUUGCUCCUCCUGGCUGUUGCCCUUUUCUCCACUUGUAGGAUUCCUUACGACUUCCACCGAACCACCUUCUGCCCUAUGGUUGGCCUUGUGUGCCCUGUCUCUGUCUCUGGGUCCUAUUCCCUUGGGGAGGGUGCAAAGACUCAGCCUCCUCUUCUGACCAUGACCCAGGGAUCUUUGCACCCCUUACCCACAGAGAGCUAGGGGUGGGAACAGUCUCUCUUUUGGUUGGCACAUCUUUCUUUCUGUCUCUCACUUUUUCUUCUCUUCUCUUCUCUUCUCUUCUCUUCUCUUCUCUUCUCUUCUCUUCUCUUCUCUUCUCAUUCUUUUUCUCUCUAUUCUGUCUCUAGGUCUGUUCUUUUUCCCUAGCAUCCUCCUCCCUACAUCUCCUUUUACCCUUGCUUGGUCUUCUUAUCCUGUGUCUCUCCCAUCUCCUGGGUGGGGGCAUCAAAGCUUUUAUUCCCUGAGCUCCCUCUUCUGACCUCUUACCAACCACUCCUCAGUCUGCCAAAAUGGGGGCCUUAUGGGGAAGGCUCUGGCACUCCACCCCAGCUCAGAGCAUGGGCAGCAGGGCCUCCUUCUCUGCCCUGCCCUAGGCCUCUACAUACUUAUUCCAGCCAUUUGGGGUGGUUGGGUCACAACAGCUACCAUGAGAAGAAGUGUCCUGUUUUGUCCAGUGGCCAAUAUCAAGAUAUGAACUGGUCGUGACACAUAUGGACUUGAUCUGAUGCUGAAUGGGCCACUUGGGACAGGAAAUGACUUGCUCCAGACAAGAAGUGACCAGGCCUGGACAGAAGUGGCCUGGGAAGUGGCAGAAGCAGAGCAGCAGGAACUGGAAGUGCCUUCAUCCAGGACAGGAAGUAGCGCUUCUGAAAUAGGAAGUGGUCUGGCUGGAGG